AUGCUGGUCCUGCAGCGGACCAUGCUGUCUGUCGAAGACCACAGCUUUCUGACGGAAUUCGUCCUGAAUAGCUUUAUGUCGUGGAGAUCCGCCGACAGCGGCAUGUCUGCUGAUUAUCUGGCGCAGCUCUUGGAUAUUUGGGAUUAUGCUGUUUUUCUGUUCUCGACCAGUCCCAGUCCCACUAUCAACGGGACGGCACAGGACAACGUGGACACCUCUGUUGCCCCGUCGACCUCUACCGCUGUCUGUGACGCCCGGACUAUAUCGCUAGAUCGUGUGUGGUCUGAUGUCGGCCGUGGUGCUCUAGCAGCCUGUCUGGUGAUCGGUCUUCUGUGA